AUGCUCAUCCACCAUCAAAUUGAGGCACGCCUAUCUCACGCACCAGCUCUGAAUCAUAGCGUGCACGAACUGCUGGGACAGGUAGGCGAUGAUGAGCUAACCGAGCUCGUUGGUCUUGUCGCCAGUCAAUCGUCAGGCGCUGAUACCGAUGUUCUGUCUACUGCUCAACCUGUGACCACUAUGGCCCCCAUCCAGUCAACGGUACCCGCUGUUCGCCAUGUUCCCACACUUAUCAGCGGAUUGACGAAACCUGGAGAUGGGUUACUCGGCCCGGCAAAUAUACCACAUCCGUCUGCUACAUCAACUGGUGCGUCUUCUGGCUCCAACAUGACGGGAUCUUCAUACAACAAUCCUUUUGUUCAGCUGGGUUCAAAGUCCGGGUCGAAUCUGUGUGGUCGCUCCAUGGAUGUACGAAAGAGUUGUCUAGAUGUACAGUCUUCAGUGGAAGCGGACGAACCGACGGCUUAUUCCCAUGUUCCGAUUGACGCUGCGGUUAGCUUGGUACUCAGUCGUUUACGGCGGGCUCAAAGCAAUUGUAACGCCUUAGUUACCUCCAACCAGACUGAAUUGCAGUCGUUCACUUUCACGCAAAACAGUCAAAAUGGCAAGCUGAUCAUGAUGCGAGUUCGUGUAUUGGAACAGGAGAAUGACGAACUGGCAAGCAUCAAUCGGACCGGUCGGGCUGCUCGUUUGGAAACAGAAAUCGCUCUUAGACGUCGAUUUGUGCAGGAUUUGAAGCAAACACAUUCAGGUAAAGCUGUCUUGUUUUUGUUGCUUUUGGCGGAAACAGUACCGGUGAUAAUAUUUGUAAUCUGCGUAAUUGUGUAUACGUUUUAUCUCGUUGAGGUUUUCCGAUUAUUGCGCUUCUUUUCAGUUUAUAUUGAGUCACUUUUGUGA